CUGAGGAUGAGCCUAAAUCUACCCACUAAUGGUGUAGCUACGAAUAAUCCACGAGUAUUGAUUCCUCAUAAUGGUCAUCGAUAGAAAAGUAGUCCGGAUUCUUGCAGUGUUUUGAGAGGGAAAAUGGCACAUGGCUUGAUGCGCAAAGUCAAUGAACACCGAGCUCGUCAGUUAAUGAGAUAUAAUUUACAUGCUUGAACCUUAAGGACAGAGUGGACAAAUAUACAUCUGAAAUGAAUGAAAAAUAGCCUACAUCCUAACAAGACGAAGGAAUUUUAAAGCGUUUUUAAAGAAGCGCAAGGUUGUAGAGACGCCAAGUCAAGGAACUUACUCACGUAUUUAUACUGAACAGUUUCGAAGAGGAGAAAAUUAAUGUGAAAUUCGUCUUAUCAAAUUUUGUUAAUAGCGUAAUGGCGUACACGACCUUGAGCAGAGCUCAACUCAGUUUUGAUUAUCUGCACACAAAUUCCACAACUCAUGAAUUUCUGUUUGGAGCUUUGGCUGAAUUGAUAGAUAAUGCACGAGAUGCAAAUGCUACAAAAAUCAAUGUUUAUUCUGUGGCAGAAAAUUCAUUGCGUGGAGGAUAUGUGAUGUGUUUCUUGGAUGAUGGAGAAGGCAUGGAUCCAAGUGAAACUGCUGAUAUUGUUACAUUUGGCAAAUCAUUAAAAAAAUCAGCAGACACACAGCAUAUUGGCAUGUAUGGUAAUGGCUUGAAAUCAGGUUCAAUGAGAAUAGGUAAUGAUUUAAUGGUUUUCACAAAGAAAGGUUUAACAAUGUCAUGUCUCUUUUUAUCUCGAACAUUUCACGAAGAAGAAGGUAUAGACGAGGUUAUCGUUCCACUCCCAUCAUUUGAAGUUGGCACAAGGACACCAUUAUCACAAGGUUCUAGAAGUGAAGAAAAGCAUGAAGUAGAGAUGAGUUUAAUCUACAGAUAUUCACCAUUUAAAACUGAAGAAGAUUUUUUUGCUCAGUUUGAGAGAAUUGAAGGAGAAUCAGGGACACUAGUAGUUGUAUAUAAUCUGAAGCUGUUAGACUCAGGAGAACCUGAGUUAGAUGUAGAUUCUGAUCCUACUGAUAUAGUUCUAGCUAAUCCUGAAACAGAAGAAGAUUCUGAUGAAGGAAAGUCAUUCCGUGCCUAUGCCGCUAUAUUAUAUAUGGAUCCGAGGAUGAGAAUCUAUAUCAAUGGAAAGAAAGUGAGAACAAAAAGACUGGCAUCUUGUCUCUAUAAACCUAAAUCAUAUAAAUAUUCAUCAAGUCGAUUUAAAACCAGGUCAGAAAAUGUAGCUCGAGCUGCAGUAGAAUCUGCUAAGUCUGCUGAUCAUAAAGCCAGGGAGGCAGAAAGUAAAGCCAAAAAUUUAGAAAAAAAAGUUGGCAGCUCAGUAGCUAGAGAUGCAAGAGCUGAGUUACGGAAAGCUCAAACAUAUGCAGCUGAAUGUCGACGUGAAGCUCAAAUAAAGAAACAGUUAGCAGAUAGAAAAAAUAAAGCAUUAAAAGAUCCCAAGUCUUUAAAUUUUAUAUUUGGUGUGCAUUUAGAGAAUAGAAACCAGGAUGGUAUAUUUGUAUAUAAUUGUAGUCGUCUUAUUAAAAUGUAUGAAAAAGUUGGUCCACAAAUGGAAGGUGGAGUAUCCUGUAGUGGAGUUAUAGGAGUGGUUGAUAUACCAUAUUUAAUAUUAGAACCAACUCAUAAUAAACAGGAUUUUGCUGAUGCCAAAGAAUACAGAUAUUUAUUAAGAGCAAUGGGAGAACAUAUGACACAAUAUUGGAAAGAUGUUGGCAUAGUUCAACAAGGAGUUACUAAGUUUUGGGAAAAUUUUGGUUAUAUCAGUAGUAAUUGGAAAGAUCCACCUGCAGAUGAAGGGAAAUAUUUAAGAAAGAGGGCAAUGCAAAUAAACAAAACCUUACAAUGUGAUAUGUGUCUAAAAUGGCGUAUUUUACCCUUCUCUUCGGCUGAUAUUGGAAAAGAAUUUGUUGAGAAUUGGGUUUGUAGUAUGAAUCCUGACCAACAACAUAAUAAAUGUUCAGCAAUAGAAGCUAAACAAAAUAUACCAGAAGGAAGAUUACAAAAAGAACAGAAAUCUAAUGAACAAAAGAAAAAAGAUUUAGAAGAGGUAACUAUGCUUAUCACUUGA